AUGGCAAAUAGCGUGUAUGAAUAUGUGAAGUCAUUUGAGGUGGAGGAUAGGAUCAUGCUGCCCAACACCAUCAUCAUCCAUGUUCGUGCCCGUGAUUUCUGCAGGUUUUCUCAAGUGCAUAAGUUUGAGAAACCAAAUGAUGAGAAGAAAGCAUUAGAGUUGAUGAAUGAGUGUGCCAAUGCUGUUUUGGCGCAGUUUCCAGAAGUUAUAUUCUCGUAUGGUUACGGUGAUGAGUAUAGUUUCAUAUUCAAAAAGAAAACCGAGUUCUACAAUCGUCGUGGCAGCAAGAUACUCUCUCUUAUUGUGUCUUUCUUUGCAUCCACUUAUGUUACCAAGUGGAGGGCUCUUUUCCCUCACAAAGAGUUGGAAUACGCCCCUUCAUUCCGGGCUCGAGUUAUUUGCUGUGAGCUUCUUCAAGCAUAUCUUUUAUGGCGGCAAGAUGAAUGUUACGCAAAUAACGAGUACGAUACUUGUCUUUGGCAGCUGAUUAAGAGUGGAAAAAGCAAAGAGGAAGCACAAGCCACACUGAGGGGGUUGCUUAAACAGGACAAAAAUGAAUUGUCUGGCCAGUGUUUUAACAUCAGCGAUAUUCCGAAGAUGUUUCGCCAAGAUACAUGCUCUUUCAAGACAAAGGUUGAAGAAAUUGUGAAGUACAAAGAUGGCUCCCCUAUCAUAAGACUUAGGAGCAGAGUCGUAACAGUUCACUCGGAAAAUAUUGCAUCGAAAAGGUUUUGGAAUGAAAAUAAGUGUUUGUCGGAAGAAGAGCUGGGACAGUUUUGUGAAAAGUUGAACGAAACUAGACCUGAUCAGUACAUCAAAUCUUUCCAAUACGAGAGCAGAUUGAUGUUGUCCACCUGGAUCGUUGUUCGCAUUGAUGGCUGUCGUUUCCACAGUUUUUGUGAUGAUCAUGAAUUUGAGAAGCCAAAUGAUGCGCGAGCUCUCAAUCUGAUGAAUGCGUGCGCUGUUGCUGUUCUGGAAGAGUUUAGGGGUGUCGUUUUUGCUUAUGGCGUUAGUGAUGAGUACAGCUUUGUAUUGAAUAAGGACUCCCGGCUAUAUCAAAGAUGUGCCAGUGAGAUAGUGUCUUCUAUAGUAUCUUUCUUCUCUUCAACGUACACGAUGAGAUGGAAUGAGUUUUUCCCGCAAAAAGAAAUGAUAUACCUACCGUAUUUUGAUGGCCGUGCUGUUUGCUACCCAUCCAGUGAGAUCAAAGAUUAUCUAGCAUGGAGACAAGUUGAUUGUCACAUCAACAAUCAGUACAAUACUUGCUUCUGGUUGCUCGUGAAGUCCGGAAUGAGCAAGAGCGGUGCACAAAACGAGUUGCAGGGGACUCAAGCUCCAGCGAAAUAUGAACUUCUUGAUGGACUCACUGGUGUUCCCAACUAUUACGAUACAUUGCCACCUAUGUUCCGCCAGGGUUCGUCUGUUUUCUUGGACAAAGAGACGGAGCUAGUUGUUGUAGGACAUGGCAACAUAAUCGAGACCGGCUUCUGGGAAACGAACCCUCACAUACUAGACGAGAAGGCGGAUCAUUUUAAAGCCGUUCAAACGGCCACCGGUAAGAAUGGUUCGGAUGUUGCACCAUGAAACUUCCUUGGUGGCCAGUUUUGAAAUUCCACUGCUUAAUGUAUGCAUGAUUAGAGUUGAUUCAUUUCGGCUUUCGUAGAAAUUAAUGAGUACUCAUGUGUUUUUGGCUCACUCACCAUAAUUUAAUUUAACUAUUG